UAUGUUAAACUUUUUCCUCCCGCUCUCGUAGCCGCAGGGUAUGUAAAGCUCUUUUUGCGUGCAUUGCCGCAUCGGUAUUACUCUUCAAGAUAUUUGCAGAAUCAUCCAUCAUUCAAUCUCAUUCUACGCUGCACUGGUCAUGGCGCUCUGUCAGUUAUUCAUAUUUGCGCUUGUUGUAACAGCAGCAGGAAGUUUGGAUGUUGGUUUUUAUGAUAAAACAUGCCCGCAUCUGGAGAUCGUUGUGAGAAAGGUUGUGCAGAAAUGGUUUCUCAAGGAUAAAUCUGCGCCGGCUGGAUUGUUACGUUUGCAUUUCCAUGAUUGCUUCAUUCGGGGUUGUGAUGCUUCUGUUCUGAUAGAUAGCACUGAAGAUAACAUUGCGGAGAAGGAUUCUGUACCCAACUUGACUUUGAGAGGUUUCGACCUCAUUGAUGAUAUAAAAACAUCUGUUGAAGCAACGUGCAAUGGAGUUGUAUCCUGUGCUGAUAUACUCACAUUGGCUGCUCGCGACGCAGUAGCACUGUCAGGUGGGCCAGAUUACAGUGUUCCAACUGGAAGAAGAGAUGGACUGGUGUCGAGAAUAGGAGAAGCCAAACUUCCAAGCCCACAGUUCUCCAUCGAUCAAGCCCUCGGAGCCUUCACUGCAGUUGGUCUGAACCUCAUCGAUCUCGUCACACUUCUCGGAGCGCAUACAAUAGGUUUCGUUCACUGUGGCUUCUUUAGCGACCGCGUGUACGAUUUCCGGGGAAGUGGAAUGCCAGAUCCGGCCAUGAACAGCACACUGGCCACAUUACUCAAGGCAAAAUGUCCUCCUCCCAACCAAAUAAAAAACAUAAGCUUGGAUCCCAAGGUUUUCUUCGACCAAACCAAGAGAAAUCCCUUUACUUUCAGCAGUGGAUUUUACCGUCAAGUCCUUAAGAACAGAGGAGUUCUUCAGAUAGAUCAGGAACUUCUCAAUACAGAUGUUACGUCCAACCUGGUUGUGGAAUAUGCUGCCAAUCCAGAUUUCUUUAAAGCUGAGUUUGCUAAGUCCAUUACCAAGCUGGGGAGUCUCAGUGUGUUGACAGGCGUUGAUGGAGAGAUCCGAACAAAUUGUAGAAAAUUCAAUAUGAACGCCAACGGCAACUAGAAUAUCAACCGCUCCACCAUUAAUUGAGAUCACAGAUUUUUAUAGAAUAUAUCAAAGCAGAAAAGAGUCCACAUGAUUAUUUUGAGCGCCCAUCAUGGACUACAAAUUUGAGGAGAUUUCUCGGUCAAGAUUCUUUGUUUGUUUGUUAUUUUAUUCAACUGUGCUUGGGACUAGUUUUUCCGUGAAUUUUGAAAGAAAAUUUGAAACAGGCCGGCCAGUCAGGAUUUGGAAAUACAAUAAUGUUAAACAUCGAGCAUGAUGUACCCACUCUUUGUAUUACAAUUUUAGGUU